GUGACAGAUAGGACCUCCACCGGAGCAGCUACUUCCAGCUAUCCAGGUUUGAUAGGUUUUAUUACCGGUGGGGACGAUAAGAAUGUCUAUGUCAAUGGCUUCUGCUUCUUGAAAGUCCAGCAGUCAUAAAGUGCAGCACAAAUCAGUAAACUAGACUGGCUAGGGCACAACUAUGGGCGAGUUUCGUGAAUACGAUGUGCCCCUCGCGGGUGGCUGUUGCCUGAUCGUCUUCAUCACGUCUAUCGUGUUGUUUGCUUGCUCAUUUGACGUGCUGGAACCCCGGUACUACGGAUUGGUAUACGAUGACACGUUCAAAACCGUAUCGCGCGACGAAAUUCGGCGGGAGGCGCGCGACGACUCCUAUCAUAUGUAAAAACGUCCCCACCCCACAGUUGGCAAGUUGGGAACUUAGCAACACAAACCCAGAAGCUUUGGGAGCAACGCAUGACAGAUUCCAGUCCGUAGUGUAGUGCAGUUUAGCAAGUGCAGCUGCAUCACAAAUCCAUCUGCUGAUCCCGUUUACAGAAAAAUUACAAAUUCCAAAGCGCGAUUGGAAAUGCCUCUCACGAAGAUGCGCAUUACAAAUCUUCCUGUAAUCGCAAAUCUCCAUGACAACUAUGGGGUGGGGACGUUUUUACUCAGGAUGUCUCCGGCCGGUUUCUCAUCGGGCUCGGCCGCUCGAUCCUGUCCUAUAUUACAGUGAAAAGCGCCCCCCACCCCCAAAGUUGCAAAAAUUUGUGAUGCGAUGUUUCCAAAUGAAAACUUUUUGUCAUCCAUGAAAGGAGUAUGAAUCUUUCUGAUGCAGAUUCUAGUCGUAUUUCGCAUCGCUUGCAUGACAAGCACCGCUCUUGCUGGGAUCUUUUGCAAUAAAAAGUUUUGCUAUUCACGAUCGGAAAUAUGUGACGCUGAUACAUGCAAGAGGGCGAAUGUUUCAUUUGGAAAGGGUUGCAAUACAAAUGCUUUCAAGUUCAGGGACGGGGGCAUUUUUCAUUGUAAUAUCCUACUCGCAGAGUUUAAUUGUCCUGGAGUGGCUGCCCAGUGGGAAAGACGGCUCCAGCAUGUCCGUCUGGACGAGCAACGGGCAGUCCGUGUUUCUCGACGUAAUAUACUACAUUCUGUUUCAAAAUUUUGAUAUAUGCGUGUUUUUUUUCGGAUUUGGAAUUGCAUAAUGCAUGUGGUGAAGUUAGAAGACAUAGUUAGAAGUUGAUGAUGCUUUCAUCUGAUGAAAAUAGAAAAUGAGUCAUCUAUCUCCUUGUGAAAGACUGAAGCGCAAAAUAGAUUUGUUAGACCUCUUUCCGAACAAAUUUUGGGCCUUGUGCCCAUGAAAUAAACAGCUGUCGUUGCAGUAUCCAAGAAAAAUCCUCUGUCGUGUCAGAAGCUUUUUCAGUCGAAUAAUGAGAAGCACCAUCUAUAUUUAUUCUUGUUGGAGAAAAGAAAAAACAUGACCAUGAGUUCCUCGUGCGCUGCUCUCGAAAAUUACAAAUUGACACCGUCAACGCGGGUUUUUUUCUUGGAUACGGCAAUCCGGCUUGUGAGAGGAAUGCUGCCGCAACUCUACUACGCCUGGGGACUGCAGUAUGGAAAUGCACACGAAGAAUGUUCUUCCUAUCAUUGUCAGUUCGUCACACUUUUUUUCAUGCCACAUAGAUAGUAGUCAUUCGCCAAGGUAGUUUCUUUCAUCGCAAGUAAGUUAUUUUACAAUUGUACUGCUCAUGCGCAUGAAUAUGAGAAAGAAAACAAGCGUAAGGUAGAGAUUCAUGAAGCAGGAAGAAGUCCAAGAAUCUUCAGAAUGCACUUCGGCUUUUGCCUCUCUUACACUACUUGCCGAUUAUAACGAACUGAAAGCGAUAGACGACCUUUUUUCGUACCGUUUCCAUACGCGGUGGCGCGACUGGUUGCGGGUGAUCAUCGAGAAGAAAGUCAAGGAGGUUUCGGUGCGCUUCCACACGCUGCAGUUUUUCGAGAAACGCGUGCAGAUCAGCAACGUAUCAAAUGCAAAAGCAUCGUACUAGUAGUACUAACCGCAUUACAAAUUUUGAUUUGCUAAGCAUGACAAAAGGAAUUUCUGAUGCUGAUUUACCUUGAGAAAGAGACUUGUCAUGCAUAAUUGCGAUUACUACGAGUGCGAGACUUUUGCACAGGAUGCAACGAGCUGCGGAACGAUGUGGGGACCAUGUUUGCCUCGGAGGGUGACUAUGCAUUGCAAAUAUAAUCUGUGAAAGUUGUGAUGCUGCAUUUGGAUUCUAAAGGAACUCUGUAGUGCAUGAGCAGCAAGACCGAGAGGAAGUUUUUUUUGCCACGCGGAGAGGGCAUUUGUCAUGCGGGGUCGGCAUCAGGAAGCCCUCAAAAGUAGAUGUGUGAUGCAAGGGCACGCAUCACAGGCGUCAUGGGUCAUGCAACACGUGCAUGACAAAGAAGCACACUCUUCCAAAAGCAGAGAUUUUUGCACUUCAUAGUGACGGGUUCUUCACGAUGGUCGACUUUCAGCUGCGCAAGAUCUCGCUGCCAUCGGCGUUUGACGAGGCUGUCAUUGCCAAGCUCCUGAAGAAACAAAGACGACAGAAGGCCAGGAAUAGACAGCAGGUUUCAUGUUGAUGUAUGAUGGCGGCUUUUUGUACCUACAUCAUUUUCAAUAUGCUCAGAGUCAGAAUUAGCUCGCAUCCUCACACACACUUGACGACAGUAGGCUGAUUGAUGUGCUGUUCGAAGAUGAUCGUGAGGGAAAUGAAAUUAUCGAGUAAAAAAAGAGGUCCUGAUGUGGAGGUCUACUACCUAAAACUCCACCAUCAGGUUUCCAUCCGGCAGGCGCAGAAAAAUCUCGUGACGGCCCUCGCAGUAUGAACUGCAAAAGUAUCGUACUAGUAUAAAUUGCAAAUGCAAUACAAAUUCCCCUAGCAUGAGAAAUGGAAUUUGUCAUGCGGAUUUGCCUUAAUAAAAAGAUUUGUAAUGCAAGACUUGCAUUUAUACGAGUACGAUACUUUUGCACAGGAUACGCAGACGCAGACGCUGCACUGGUACUGGAGAUGGCACGGCAAGAAGGCAUAUCAAAUGUAAAAAUGUCUGGGUCUGGAAGAAUGCAACUUGUGAUGCUAUUUUUGGAAUCCAAAAAAAUCUGUAUUGCAUGAGCAACAAGAGGCGUCCAGUUUUUGCUCCGCGGAGAGGGGAUUUCUCAUGCGGGAUAGGCAUCAAGAUGCCCGCAAAAAAUUUGUGAUGCUGGUGCAUACAUCACAGAUAUCACGGGUAAUGCAAAAUGUGCAUGACAAACCUUGCAAUCCUCCAGACCCAGACAUUUUUACAUUUGAUAAGGCACCAUCAAAGUGGCCAAGGAGAGAACGGACGGGGAGUUAUUCUGAGUAAAAACGUCCCCACGACCCGAUAGUCUGUCAAGAUAGAGAUUUUGCAACACAAACCUAGAAGUUUUGCGAGUCACGCAUGACAAAUUGCAGGCUGUAUUGUAGUGCAGUUUAGCAAGGGAAUCCGCAUAGCAAAUCCAUCUCCUCAUCCUGUUUCUAGCAUUGCAAUUUCCAAAACACGAUUGAAAGUUGUGCCUCUCUUGGGGGUCCACAUCACAAAUGCUCCUGUGCUUGCUAAUCUGCAUGACAACUAUGGUCGUGUGGGGACGUUAUUACUCAGGAUAGGGGUCGGCUCUGAUCCGGCGGUACGCAACCCUGUACAAGGAAUUUGCCGACGGUAUGGGCUGGCUGAACACGACCAGCCACGGCUACGACGCACUGCAUUUCUACAUCUACAGCCGCCUAGCGCGGGACCACCGGGCCAACAGCUAUGAAUGUGCACAACUCCCCCUCCCCCUCAUUUGUAUUGCGAUAACAGGAAUACAAGCGUCAGCAGGAAUGCCGGUUUUGCAUGACAAAUCUGCACAGCAUUGUAGUGCUAUUUGGGCUGCCAGAACUUGUCAUGCAAACAGUGCUAAAAGGCAGAGCAUGGAAUCGGUAUUUUGCAUGACAAAUGAGGGGGAGGGGGAGUUGUGCACUUUCAUAACACCUCCCAGGAGCUCAUUGGCUUUUGAUGUAAGACCACCCUGAGAUGAGAGGAAAUGUUGGAAGACGAAGACAUUUUCAUCUACAACGCAGCCUUUUUGACGAUGGAGUAUUAAAAGUGAUGAGAACAAAUAAAUGUAUGCCCGGGCAGUAGCAGGCUAGCGAGCCUGUGAGCCUAGGCUGGGGCUGGACGGGCGAUAUUUUAUGUCUGUCCGAGCCUCGCCCUUUUCCGGUAGCCGGGAUCUGAUGACUGUGAGGGUGAACCUCUUCCCGUUCUGGGUUGAAGUUUAUUUCCUCUCUCUCUUGUCCUCAGGGAGUAACGCCCCUGCCGUUGGUAGU